AUGUCGGACAAGAGGAGUCGAAACCGCUUUUCUUUGCAAACAAAGUAUAAAAUAGUGACAUUAGUUGAGAAUCAAGUGCCGAACAAUGAGAUAAUCAGUCAAUUCAGUGACCAGAAGGUUACCACAAGAAAUAUCAAUGAUUUUGUGAAACAGAAAAAGUUGUUGGAUUUGAUUGACACGAACAGGAGUGUCACCAAUAGAUCCACUGAUGGACAGGCAGUCAUCGGUGGUCACAGUGUUGGUGAUAAUGACCACAACUUUGGUCACGAAAAUGACUUCAAUUUUAUCGGUCAUUCAAAUGUGUUGGGAUCAAUUGGUGGCCACAGAAGUGAUGAUCAGAACAAUGGCGAGUCUAUUGGUGACGAAGAAGUCAGUAUUGAAUGCAUUAUCAAAAGGGAACCAAUCGAUGAUAUUUUCGAUGAUAUAAUCGGCGGAAAUAUUGGUGAAAGUGAUGGCAAGUCUUGUGCCAAACCUCUACCUAAACCUAAACCUAAACCCCAAUCCAAAUCCAAAUCCCAGUGCAAACCCGACCCCUAUAAGCGACUCAAACCCGGACCCAUCCCCGGGAUCUACCGGUGCUCUGUGAGGGGCUGUGGAGACAGCUUUAAGUCUCAGAGCCAACUGCGAAGACACCAUUUGGUGCACUCGGCCGACAAGAACUCAGUGCUUCUGUGCCCCGAAAGGGGCUGUUUGUACGCCACUCAAGACAAGCACAACAUGGAGAAGCACUCGACCACCCAUUCCGAUGAACGCCAGUUCCACUGCUCACACCCGGGUUGCGACCACUCCACCAAACGUAAGAGCGAUUUGACGGCACAUGAGCUCAAAGCACAUCCCGAGGACUACCCACACAUGCCAUGGAUUCAGUGCUCGCAUACCGGCUGCGAGUUUAAGACCAAACACACGAAUACCAUGACUCAGCACACGUUCUCACAUACCCGGCCAUUCCAGUGCACCCAAUGUGGACAGGCGUUCACAUCUAAUUACGGACUUCAGGUUCACUUCAUGAGAGCUCAUCACAAGGUGUUGAGACGGGGUAACCGACGGCCCAUAAGCCGUAUAACUGGUCCCAAAGUACGGGCGAAGAGACAGACUGUUGUUAAGGCUGAACAACCAUCUGAAGAACCGUUUGAAGAGCAGUCUGAAGACAUGAAUACAAAUGAAAAACAUUUGGAAAGCGAUUCAAUCGUGAAGACAGCGGACGGACGCUUUGUAUGCGAUUAUAUCGGUUGCGGAAAAACAUUCAUUAAAAAGUCAUAUUUAAAGUCACAUCUAUUGACACACUCUUCGGAGACCUUCCGGUGCGAUGUGGAGGGCUGUACGGCGGAGUACCCCCGACCCGACACGUUAAGGCUCCACAAAGAGGCCAAACACUCGUCAGUGGAGUACCGGUGCGAUAAGGAAGGGUGUGAUUAUGUAACUACUGUUAGGGCUAUGUUUAGGAAACAUAAGUUCAAACACAUGGCGCGGACCUUACGGUGCGAUUUUGAGGGCUGUUCGCGGAGUUAUAGUGAUCCAAGUAAACUGAAUCAACAUAAAAAGGUCACUCACGGCACCAAAUAUCGGUGCGACGGUCAGGGAUGUGAAUACCACACCGGCUGUAAAAAGGCAUUAACUAAACACAAAUUAACGCAUUCAAUGGAACGGCAGUUCAAAUGUCCGGUGGACGGGUGCCUCCAGUCGUUUAAACGUAUUUAUGACUGCAAUGAGCAUAAGCUGACUAAACAUCCCGAAGCCUUUCCAGACGUCCCGUGGUCUCAGUGCCCGGAAACUGACUGUCCGUAUAGGACUAAAUCGAGUUGGGCUUUGAAGGCGCACGUGAAACAGCACACCAAACACUACCGGUGCGAUGUGUGCGGCAAAGAGUUCACGCAUUUGUCUCAAUACAAACUCCAUGAGCCCAUACAUAACGACGAGUUGAAGCACCCGUGCGAAUGGCCCGGUUGUGAGGAGAGGUUCUCCAGUAAAGCUAAUCUCUUGAAUCAUAUGGACAACCAUUCGGGUGAACUCAAGUACCAGUGCUCGUGGCCGGGCUGUCAUCGCAAGUUUGUCACUAGAAGUUCACUCAAUUCGCAUCAACUGAGACACAAAAAGCCCGAUAAGUACCCGUGUCAGUGGCCCGGGUGUGGACAACAACUGGCCACCAGUAGUGCGCUGGCGAGACAUAUGUCGGCUCAUACCGGUCGCCGCAAAUACCGGUGCCAUUGGCCCGGAUGUGAUUACAACACUCACGACACGAAAAGUCUUAAAAAUCAUAUCAAUCGACAGCAUAGAGCCUGA